GUAUGUAAUUUCACUAAAAAGUGGAGUAAUUUCUGUUCCGUAUGUUAUUAUCCGACAGCAUCGACCAACAAUCCUUCACAGCGAUCCAUAUUCUGACACCAUUCACAUCAUCCUAGUCACCAUGCAGUCAUGCACAUCAUCAACCACUCGUUGGAAUCCAUCUCAAAAAUUAUAACCCACUCUAGAGUCUAUACACCAUUCUUUGCUGGUCGAAGUCCCCAAACCAAAAAUUGCUUGACACCAUUCUGACCGAGCUCUGUGAAACUGCCCUCAGUGGUCGCUUACACAGCACCCCAUUCCUAUCUUCCUGUCUUCUUCAAAACGACCCUUUCAACAACAAUAACUGACGUGUUACUGCUUGGACGCACGCAGUAGAAAUGGCCACAGCUACUUCGCCGCCCCGAUCCUUAUUCCUCGGUGUCGACGUCGGCACGGGUAGCGCCCGCGCAGGUCUCUUCGGUGAGGAUGGGAAACUUGUUGGUUCUGCUAGCAGCCCCAUACAAAUAUGGAAAAAUGGUGACUUUGUUGAGCAAUCUUCAACUGAUAUUUGGUUAGCAGUCUGCACUGCUGUAAAAGCAGCAUGCACUCUUGCAAAUAUUAAUGGGAAUGAUGUAAAGGGCCUUGGCUUUGAUGCAACUUGCUCCUUGGUUGCUAUUGAUUCUGAUGGCGAACCUGUUACUGUUUCUUUGAGUGGUGAUGCAAGAAGAAAUGUCAUACACUGGAUGGACCACAGGGCAUUAAAACAAGCUGAAAGGAUCAACUCCACUAAAUCAUCGGUAUUACAAUAUUGUGGUGGUGCUGUUUCCCCUGAGAUGCAGCCUCCGAAGCUAUUGUGGGUUAAGGAAAACAUGCAAGAAUCUUGGUCAAUGGCAUUUAGGUGGAUGGAUUUGAGUGAUUGGCUUUCAUACAGAGCAACAGGAGAUGAUACCCGGAGCCUAUGCACUACUGUUUGCAAAUGGACAUAUCUUGGUCAUGCUCAUAUGCAUCAGGUCAAUGAGAAAGACUCUCGCAGUAUGGAAGCUUGUGGAUGGGAUGAUGAAUUCUGGGUGGAGAUUGGCUUAGGCGAUCUUGUUGAUGGGCAUCAUGCUAAAAUUGGAAAAAGUGUAGCCUUCCCUGGUCAUGCCUUGGGCUCUGGCCUAACCCUGGCAGCUGCCAAGGAUUUGGGUUUGGUGGCUGGGAUACCUGUAGGCACUUCACUAAUAGAUGCUCAUGCUGGCGGUGUGGGGGUAAUGGAAAGUUUGUCUACAUCUGAUGCUGAACCAAAAGAAGCUGAUGCUGAAUCCAUAUGCCGCCGUAUGGUUCUGGUAUGUGGCACUUCCACUUGCCACAUGGCCGUGUCUCAAACGAAGUUGUUCAUACCAGGGGUCUGGGGUCCUUUCUGGUCAUCAAUGGUCCCUGAGUACUGGCUUACAGAGGGUGGUCAGAGUGCCACUGGAUCAUUGCUGGAUCAUGUGAUUAAAAAUCAUGUGGCAUCUCCACAUCUCGCUAACUGUGCUGCAUCUCAAAGAAUUUCGGUGUUUGAAUUGCUGAAUAAGAUAUUAGAAUCUAUGAAAAAUGAUGUGGGAGCCCCAUUCACUGCAGCUUUGACUGAUGAUAUACAUGUCCUCCCGGAUUUCCAUGGGAACAGAUCUCCCAUUGCAGAUCCUAACUCAAAAGGAGUAGUUUCUGGUAUGACUCUAGACACUAGUGAAAAGCAGCUGUCUCUUCUCUACCUAGCCACGUUACAGGGUAUUGCAUACGGUACCCGUCAUAUAGUAGAGCACUGCAAUGCGAAUGGCCAUAAAAUUGACACACUACUUGCAUGUGGUGGUCUUGCUAAGAACUCCUUGUUCAUCCAAGAACAGUCAGAUAUCAUUGGCUACCCCGUAAUCCUUCCGCGUGAAAAUGAGCCAGUGCUCUUGGGAGCUGCUAUCCUUGGUGUUGUUGCUUCAAAGAAAUAUCCCACUAUUCGUGAUGCUAUGAAGGCUUUGAAUGCAGCUGGAAAGGUUAUUUACCCAUCAAAGGAUCCAAAAGUGAAGAAAUACCAUGAUGCAAAAUAUCGCAUUUUCAGGCAACUUUAUGAGGAGCAGCUUAGCCAUCGGUCAAUUAUGGAUGAAGCUUUGGCUUAAUUUGUGCUUCUAAGAUGUCUGUCAUGCCAUCAGAGACUAAGUUCAAUUCAGUGUAUUCAAAAUAAUAAAAAUUAAUAAAGACAAAAUGAAAAAAAUUUAACAAGCUCCUUCGUAGCUUGCAGAGAAAAUGUACAAUUAUUUCUCGCAAAAGAUUCGUUGGCCAUCGUUGGUGUCUGUCACACCAAUGUAUAUUUGGAUGGGGUUUCGUUUGCUUUAACGAGUCCUAAUGACUCCUGAUUGUUGGAGAUUUAUUGGAAAAUAUUGUUCAAUUGUUAAUUUACAUGGUCCAUUAAUCUUUUUGUUGAACAAGGAAUUUUAUGAUGUGAUAGUUAUUAUUUAAUUUAUAGUACUACGGUUAUUCUUGCAUGUGGUAUUGUGAUCUCAUAAUAUUAACAAUAACAUUAC